GUGUGACGUCAUUAUUAAAUCGCAAAUACGGCGUACGCGUGACGAAUCUGACGAUGUCUGCCACUCGCUACCGUCGCUUCCUCAAACUGUGCGAGGAAUGGCCACGGGACGAAAGCAAGAAAAGCCGAGAUUUGGGAACGUUUCUCCGGCAGCGAGUGGCAGCCGCUUUCCGCGAAGGUGAAAACACGCAGAUCCCAGACACUGAGAAGUGCGAUCAGACUUACGAAAGUCUAGCAAGAAUUAACGCAAACACGUAUAAACAGCGAUUUCCACGUGUGAGAGAUACCAGCUUCACGGGAGUCACAGCGGAAGAGUGUAAAUUACUGUGGUCAAGUAGUGUGCAGCAGUCAGAUGAUGAAAAAAAGAGUUUGUGGAAAACUUUAACAGAGAGAUUUUCCUCCAAGACACCAGAGGAUGUUCCAGAGAAAACACCUGAUAAAUAACAUUUUAUGAACUUUUUUUUUCUAUGGAAAUAAAAGAUUAUUGCUUUCUUUAUUGUUGGUAUUUUUUUAUUUCGGUGCUAACUUUGCAUGUGCAGUGCUGGACAAAUGCCAUUUCUGUCAAAGCUCUCUCCAAGGGAAAUACAAUUUUACUUGAAAUAUGAUUAUUUGCAUACAUUGAUUUUAAGAUCCUCAAGAACGAUACAGGUAAUGGUCAAGCAGUUUAUUAUUUACAACUUAACAUUUUAGUAAUAUAAAAUCUGCACAAGUGGACAAAAUACGUGAGAACAGCAUACAUUGACCAUUUCAGCUAUAUAUACGGUACCUGGGCAAUAUUUAUUUAUUAUAUUUAUUUAUAUAUUUUUUUUUAAAAAGAAUUGAACUGAACUGAACAUUUUGGCUCAGGUUUUGUCCCUGAAAAUGGCUGUAAUUUGUCAAAUACUCCAGAAGGUCAUGUAUUGUGUCAUGUAAGUAAUUUUAUAUUUAUAUGUACAUAUGGUGUAAAAUUUGAAUCAUAUACUGUAUCUUACAUCAUAUAUCAAAGGAUGUCACGAAUGACAUCCCGAUUUUACAUGGACUUUUGGAACAAAUACACCCCCAGGUCAAAAGUUAUGCUACACUUCACAACUCUGUAAAAUCAGUGUCUCAAAACUUUUGACUGUGAGUGUAUUCACAUGAUGGAUUUGCAGAAAGUUGUAUAGCAAUAUUUUGUAUCUGAUAUGUACCAACAGGGUACAUACAGUGCCUUGCAAAAGUAUUCGGCCCCCUUGAACCUUGCAACCUUUCGCCACAUUUCAGGCUUCAAACAUAAAGAUAUAAAAUUUUAAUUUUUUGUCAAGAAUCAACAACAAGUGGGACACAAUCGUG